AUGCUGCAUCGGUGCGUCACGUGCACGCGAUGGCGAGCGGCCACACCGCAGCCGCCCAUGGGAAAUCUUCCUCGAGGACGAGUCACACCAGCGCGCCCGUUCCUCCGGACCGGCUUGGACUACGCCGGCCCCAUUCUCAUCCGCACGAGCCGGGGACGAGGGCACAAGGCCCACAAGGCCUUCAUCGCCGUGUUCGUCUGCCUCAGCUCCAAGGCCGUGCAUCUCGACGUGGUCUCCGACUAUACGACGGAUGCAUUUCUGGCUGCAUUCCGUCGCUUCACAGCACGUCGAGGCCUCUGCGAGGAGAUUUACUCGGACUGUGGCACCAAUUUCGUCGGCGCUGACCGAGUUCUCCAAGAUAUGUUCCGCGCGUCAUCCGCCGACGGCCGUCACAUCGCCCAUUCUGUCACCUCCGAAGGUGUGAAAUGGCACUUUAAUCCGCCUGCCGCACCACACUUCGGCGGACUUUGGGAGGCAGCGGUGAAAUCCACGAAACAUCACCUGCGACGAGUGAUCGGAGAGAGCACACUCAAAUGUCCACGUUCGGAGUCCCGCGUCAUGGAGCUGACGUCACCGGUUUCACGUGGUGACCCGACGGGGUCGUCAUCUGUUUUCGAGUGUUUUGUGUAUAGCAUGGAUCGUUCCUUUGUUCUAGCGUUGUUGUUUGACUUUAUUAUUGAUGACAAUGUUAACGUUUCUAGAAAGCUAAUCCCGAAAGAUCCAUGCUAUACCGAAUAUUUCCGUGACAAUUUUGAACGGCAUUUCACGCGAAUAUUAAUUUACUGA